GAUGCACCCACCUGUCCGGUCAAUACAAAAAAAAAAAAAAAAAAAAAAAAAUUGUUGAAAUUGUUUCGACUUUCCCAGCCCAGCCGAGUCCAAUGGCUUCCUUGACCAUCUGUAGAGCCACUCUCACUCGCUUGCCUGCUCUUCAGCUGACCACGUCUCCUUCUGCUUCUCCUUCCGUCUCCUUCAACUUCAACUGCUUCCGCUCGAGGAUUCUCCGCAUCAUCUCGCCGAAGCGGCAUCAUCACCACCGUGCUACAAUGGCUUCUUCGGCGCCAGCGCAAGAGAGAACAACUGCUCCUUACGGCUCGUGGAAGUCCCCGAUCACUGCGGAUGUUGUCUCCGGCGCUUCCAAGCGCCUCGGCGGUACUGCUGUCGACGGCCAAGGACGCCUGAUCGUGCUCGAAUCACGUCCAAAUGAAGGAGGACGAGCUGUUCUUGUGAGACUAGCUGAUAAGGCCGGAGACGAAGCUGUUGACCUCACUCCGAAGGAAUUCGCGGUCAGAACGACUUGUCAGGAGUAUGGAGGUGGCGCGUUUGCGGUCUCCGAGGACACUGUCAUUUUCUCAAACUACAAGGAUCAAAGGCUUUACAAGCAGUCAAUCAAUGGCCGAGAUUCUACUCCCGUGGCCAUUACACCUGACUAUGGCGGUCCUGUAAUCUCCUAUGCUGAUGGAGUCUUUGAUUAUCGGUUUAAUCGGUUUUUUACUGUGAGGGAAGAUCAACGUGAGAGUGCCACAAAUUCAACCACGACGAUUGUCGCAGUAGAUCUUAACGGAAAAGAUGUACAAGAGCCGACAGUAGUCAUUAGUGGCAACGACUUCUAUGCAUUUCCACGUCUCGACCCAAAAGGUGAACGCAUAGCAUGGAUUGAGUGGGGUCACCCAAACAUGCCAUGGGACAGAUCAGAGCUUUGGGUUGGAUACAUUUCUGAAAAUGGAGAGAUCCACAAACGCACAUGUGUGGCUGGUUAUGAUCCUUCACUUGUGGAGUCUCCAACGGAGCCUAAGUGGUCCCCCGGAGGGGAACUGUUCUUUGUUACUGAUAGGAAAAGUGGAUUCUGGAAUCUCUACAAAUGGAUUGAAUCUGAAAAUAGUGUGCAAGUAGUAUAUUCUCUGGAUGCUGAGUUCUCCAAACCAUUGUGGGUGUUCGGCUCCAGCUCCUAUGUACUACUUCAGAAUAAUGAGGGAAAGAACCUAAUUGCCUGCGGCUAUAGGCAGAAAGGAAGGUCUUAUUUAAGUAUUGUGUAUGAUGCUCAAAGCUCCUUAUCUGUACUUGAUAUUCCUUUCACAGACAUAGAUAACAUUACUUUGGGAAAUCACUGCUUAUAUAUUGAGGGAGCAUCUGCUGUUGAUCCAUCAUCAGUGGCUAAGAUAACUCUAGAUGCCAUUCACUCCAAAGUGCUCGAGUUCAACAUAAUUUGGUCAUCUUCACCUGACAGUUCAAAGUACCAGUCUUACUAUAGCUUGCCGGAGUUUAUUGAAUUCCCUACAGAAGUUCCUGGACAAAGUGCAUAUGCAUACUUUUAUCCUCCAUCUAACCCAGAUUACCAAGCUAGCAAGGAUGAAAAGCCUCCUUUGUUGCUGAAAAGUCAUGGUGGACCUACAAGUGAAACACGGGGAAUACUGAACCUGAGCGUGCAGUAUUGGACUAGCAGGGGCUGGGCUUUUGUAGAUGUAAAUUAUGGUGGAAGCACCGGUUAUGGCAGAGAGUACAGGGAUCGCUUGCUGCUGAAAUGGGGAAUUGUUGAUGUCAAUGACUGUUGUAGCUGUGCAAAUUUUUUGGUGGACAGCGGCCUAGUUGAUGGGAAUCGUCUUUGCAUUACCGGUGGCUCAGCUGGGGGCUACACCACCUUAGCUGCUCUUGCUUUCAAAGACACAUUUAAAGCUGGAUCUUCCUUAUAUGGUGUGGCUGACGUAGGCCUCUUAAGAGCAGAGACUCACAAGUUUGAAUCCCACUAUAUUGAUAAUCUUGUUGGUGACGAGAAGGAUGACUAUGAGAGGUCUCCGAUCAACUUUGUCGAUCAAUUUUCCUGCCCUAUAAUCUUAUUUCAAGGCUUGGAGGAUAAGGUAGUGCCCCCUGACCAAGCUCGCAAAAUCUACAAGGCGUUGAAGAAAAAGGGUCUGCCUGUUGCCCUUGUGGAGUAUGAAGGAGAACAACAUGGCUUCCGCAAGGCAGAGAAUAUUAAGUUCACUCUGGAACAACAAAUGGUAUUCUUUGCACGUUUGGUUGGACACUUCAAUGUCGCUGAUGAGAUCACUCCAAUCAAAAUCGAGAACUUCGACUGAAAACGAAGGUAUAUGAAGACUUGGAUUAUCGACACAAAAUCAUGCCUGUGUCACAAAUGCUGCGGUUAGCUUAUGCUGAAAGCUAAGCCACCCUGACAAGUCAUUUUACUUGUAAUCCAGGAAGUUUGCGAUCUGUCUCUUGGAGCUCCAGACUGAGUGUUUACAGAGCUAUAAUCUAAACAAAUGCCACUCUGGUUGGGGCCAAUCAAAGCUUUCAGGAGCGCGAGAGUAAUCGUUUCUUUGGUCAAGAAUUUUCCUUUAGUAUUCAGGAGUUUGCUUCCAUACAAUAAAAGGUCCUCUUUUCGUAAACCCUGUCCCGUUUGGAAGGAGGAUAACCCUAUUUUUUAUGUCUUGCUUUAAAUUCUGAAGCACUUCUGUGCUAUCUGUUCUCGUUGAAGGACUAGUUUGCAUCUGAAAGCAGCAAGAUGUCCUGAUUAGAUUAACUAAUGUGAGCUACCAGAAAGCUUUAUUGACUUCUUAGGCUAUUUGCACGGUUAUAGUUUCCUUAAGUUUCAUAUUUUUGAAAGUUAGUUUCCUUAAAUUUCAUGGUUGGCAGGCAGUAAGCGUCAUUCGUGGCGUUACCAGACCUCGGAAUUAGUUUUCCAUUCUGGGAAGUCUUUACUUCUAGAUGUUAGACAAUGUCUUUGCUUUAGACAGCCUGUUUCCUCCCCUUUUUUUGCUGACGAAAAAAUAUGGGAUUUAAAAAAAAAAAAUCUUUUUUUUUGUGUGUGUGUGGGGUUGUUUGAUAGAUAAGGUUGAUCUGUGUCUGGGGAUCACUAUACAUUGAAUUGCCAAAAAUCCAAAUAACAAAUAUGACAAGAAUAU